AUGGCGAAGCGCAGGAAUGCAAAAGCCGAGCAUAGGCCAGAACCUCGGUCCGAAAAGCUGGAUUUAGUGAAAUUUCCAAGAACUCGUCAUCUGUUGGAUGCAGGCGGAAAUGGAGUUUCACGAGACGAUCUUCUAAUGACAGCGAAAGAAGCAAUUGCUUUUCUUAAAGGAAAAGUAGUUUCAGUUGAAGAAAAGGUUGAUGGUGCCAAUUUAGGUUUUUCUGUCAACAAGAAUAACGAAAUCAGAGCACAAAAUCGAUCGCACUUCGUCAUAUCGAAUUCUCACCAACAGUUUAGCACGUUAGAAGCGUGGAUAUCGCGACACAGUGCAAGCCUGUUGCGUGUUCUUGAGCAUGGCAAAUUCAUAUUAUAUGGAGAGUGGGCUUAUGCAAAGCAUUCAAUCUUUUACACACGCCUUCCAAGCUAUUUUGUUGCAUUUGAUAUCUAUGAUACUGACAAUGGGCACUUUGUCAGUCGUAAGACUAGGGAUAAAAUGCUGAACGGAACAGGUAUUGCAACAGUACCGUUAAUUGUGGAAAAAGAAUUUCGAUCUCCUGGCGAGCUGUUGCCAUAUUUGGAGGCCCCAUCUGCAUACUAUGAUGGUCCAGUAGAAGGAAUAUACUUGAGAGUUGAUGAAGACACACAAGACAACCACAAGGCAGAGAACUCCGGAACCUUGUUACAAAGGGCCAAGAUUGUACGACCAGAUUUUUUGCAACAAAUAGAAGAACAGUGGACCAGACAGAAAUUUGUAAAAAACAUAUGUGAGGUUUACUACUAAUAUACAUUAAGAAAAAUCACAAAUUUAUGCAUAUACUGCAUCUUUCUCAUUGAUAACAAUUUAGUAAUUGCAAAUAAUUCUACUCUUCUAUGCCUUGGUAGAGUGCAGUUUAAUAGCAUUUGGAAAUUGCUACUAUCUCUCUAAGUUUAUGUGUUUCUCUGUCAACCAAAUCAUAGGAUUGGUCGUAAUGAAGUAAAAUGGAUGCUGAAAGUUUCUAAAAAUUGUAAUUAAAAACCUUGUGUCAAAUAAGUCAAUAAAGAGUACUGCGAGUCUUUUAGCCCUUAUAAGAUAUGCACAAAAAUUUUCAAUAGCAUUAUCCAUCCUUUCUGCAAACCCUUAACAUCCAUGUUUUGCAUUUGUAUUUGUUACAAGUAUUAUCGGAAACAGGCAUUUUCCAUCUUAGUUAAGUUUUGCUUUAGAAUCUACCUCAUUAAACUUUUGUUGAAUGUCGUCUGGUAUUUCUACUCUCUUCAAAUCCUCCAUUCCUUUUUCAGGCUCAUCACCAAUCAAAAUCUGAAUAAUUUUUUCCAAAACCAGCAAAACAUCUUCAUUUUUCUCAACAUUAUGCAGCUCCCUCAUAAUGUAGUAUGUCCCAUUGUCUCUCAAAUAUUCCCGGCCAGCUUUCCUGGUACACAGCUUGAUAAUGAAAAAAGUCAAUCAAAGGCUGAAUUUUUUAAUACAAUUUAAAACAAAUGGUUAAUUCAGAGAACAAAAACAAUUUAAUACAAUUUAGUUGGUCAUUAGACCAUAAUCACUUAUAUGCAUCAGCGAUAGUCAGAUUACUCGAAAAAUUUAUAAAACAAGGUUCUUUUUUAAUGUUGAUUCUAUCACUUUAAUAAAACGGCAGAGGAUUGCACACUGCAUGCCAAGCUUCAUUCCCUUCAGACAGGCUUGAAAUUUCCAUAGAGACAGAAAUUCACUGAAUCUUUUUGUCUAUGGAAAUUGCAUAACAGUGGAACCAGCCUGUUCAGAUGGGUCGCAUGCCUGCAAAAAAAGCUAGCAUUUGGGGAAGAUGUAAGCAUUGCUUGCUAGCUAGGUGAGUUGAGUCGGUGUAGAGUGGAUUCAAGCUGCAGUUAGCAGUAGUCAGAGCAAUCAAAUCAUCAGAAAUCAAAGCUAACCUGGGGGAUGCUUACAAUUUUGAUGACAACCACUGUACAACGGAUUGGACUACCACUCAGGCAGGGGGUUGAGUUGUACUGCCACUCAACAUUGCUCAAAUGUUACAGACAGGGGAUACCUACAUACUUUGAAGGACGACCAAACCAGCAUAUUUCUUUAGCCACUGUCACCCAUUUUUUGUAUAAUGAAGAUACUUUAUUAGGAAAAUAUUUUAUAAGAAUAUUGAGGCUCAAAAUUGCUAAAAUUUGAGAAUAUAUCAGAAAUUUAAGGGAGGCUAAAAAAGUUCCCAAAAGCAUGAUUCUCUGUUUAACAAAAGUUGCUCCCACAGGCUUCAGACUUAACAUUGCUUCUUAAACUAAUAACUGAAAACAGGCCUGAUUGUGAUAAAGUAAAUGUGCAACUUAAUGUGAAUUCUAGGUGACAUUUUGAAUUCACGCCAAAAAGAACUUUUUGUUUCUUUAUUUGACGAUGUUGCUUGGGCUAAAUGCCGUAAAUGUUUCAGAAUAUCCAGCCUCAGAAUAAUGAAAACGCUAAUUGGUUGCUUCUUCAGGUUGUUGUAAAUUGCAAUUUCACAAAAAGGUUGAUUGCGUCUUGAAAAUGGUCUUCAGUUGAU